GUUAGUGUGGUGGUAUUAUUGUGUAAUGUAAUGAGCUAAUCAGCCAGCAGCUCUGCAGUCUGCAUAUCCAAAACCUAAAGCAAGCCUGUCAUAAUUUCUUACCUGUUAUUUUUAUGCCUUGGGUUGGCGGUUUGAGACUUGAAGCGUUAAGACAUUCUGACAUCAGCUCGCGAAACGUCAAAAACUUACAUUAACGCUAUCCAAUCCCCAACCAUUCGAUUUGCAGUUACAACUAAAGAAAUGUAUGUGCGGUAUGUGUAAUCACUAAUCAGUUGGUGAACAGUGCCAAUGAAAAACGUCAAAAUGAGUAAAGAACUAAAUGAAAACGAUAAAAGAAAAAGAAACAAUCUUCUUUCUCAAUACUAUGGGAUAACAGAAGAAAAGGAUGUAGAAAACCUUUUUGACGUGGAUGGAAAGCACUUUAAUGCUGAUGCCUAUGUUGACAAACUGGUUCAGGAAACCAGCUUAAAGCAACUUAUAGAUAAAGAACAGGAACUUGUUCGUGAAAUUCAAUCACUUGAUUCAGAAAUGCAAACUUUGGUUUAUGAAAAUUAUAAUAAAUUUAUCCUUGCCACUGAUACCAUCCGCCAAAUGAAAAGUGAUUUCAAAACUAUGGAAGAUGAAAUGGAGAAGUUAGUUCAAGACAUGUCUCAUAUUGCAACAUUUGCCAACAAUAUAUCUUCAAAUUUACAGGAUCGGCGCCAACAAAUAACAAAGCUUUCAAACAUUCACGAACUGCUAAAAAAUUUGCAAUUUUUGUUUGAUCUUCCCAACAAGCUGAAAACAUGUGUAGAAGAAAAGAAUUAUUCAUUGGCUGUUAAGUAUUAUGCAAAAUCUGAGCAAGUUCUUCAAGAUUUUGGAGAUCAUCCUUCUUUUAGUGGAAUCCAAUCAGAUUGCAAAGAAAUUGUUGAAACACUCAGGAAAUGCCUAAAGGUGCAAUUCAGCAGAGCUGAGGUAACUUCCCAGGAACUGGAAGAAUCUGCAUCUCUUUUAUGCAAACUGGGUGAAUCUUCCACUGACCUUGCAAGAGAAUUUCUUGAAAUCAAUAAAGUGAGGUUAGAAAAAGAUUUGGAAAAUCUAUCCUCAUAUGUGUGGUCUGGUGAAAAUAAUGGAGAAGUGGUCCUCAUAUUCAUUGAAAAAUGCUGCAAUACAGCAUUGAAUAACGUUGCUCUGACCAUUGCAACCUUCAACAACAUUUUUCCUUCAACCAUAUCGAAACAUAAUGAGGGGAUGAAUAGCAUGGCCACGGAUGUUAUUAAUCAACUUUGCCCAAUAGUGGAAAGUAAAAUUGUCGAAAUCAUCGGAUUCGAGAUAAGUGAAGCCUGCUGUUUGUCAGUAGUUGCGGCUUUGGAUAAAUUUCAUCGUCGUCUCUUGGCCGUUCAGCGACUAUUACUGGUGGAUAAGCAAUGGAGCUUCACUCUCAUUACUGAAAUUGCUCGAAUAAUUUCACAUCGAACAGCCGACGCUCUUGUUAUCAAAUGGACAAGUGAACUACAAGGCUGGCGUGAUUCCUGGAAUAACGAUAAUCAGCCACACGGUUCGGUCAAAUUUAUUGAAGGGGCUCUCGUGGAACACAUUCAUCGUGCUUUUGUUGCUCUAACGGCCUUUGUAGGAAAUCACGUUACUUUUUCUCAAGAUUCUCAAUUCCGUCAGACAUUUGGUCGACGUUACGUACGGGAAGAAGUAUUAGUACUGUCGUUGAGGAAACUUUCCACUAUGUUAGCAAAUCUGAGCAACGUAACGGGGAAAGAUAGCGCGUCUCCGACUCUAAUUCUUGUCCUCUCUCGGGUGGCAAUCGAUUUUAGUCAAAAUUUGGCUCAAUCCUUGUUGUCUUUAAUAGAGGAACAGUUUGACAUUCCAGUCGGUUUUCAAGGAGACCAUCUCACUCCGAUAUCUGUUAUAACUCUCGACUUCAAACAAACUUCUCAGUCGCUUUUGCAAAGUUAUGUUCAAAGUGAAAGUCACGUUCUCGUUCAGAUGAUUCGUAAGUCGAUGGAUUCUCGCGAUUGGUUAACCGCUAGUGAACCUCGUGGCGUUAGACCUGUCAUCAAGCGUGUGUUGGAAGAGAUAAGUCGAGUAGAUUCCCAUGCAGCUCAACUGUACGAAGAAGGAUCAAGAAAAGAAAGGAGCUCAGAUUCUUCCCGCCGAACACAUCACAGUAGCUCCAGAAUGCAACAAAAAUCAUCUUGGUCAUCAUUGGGUCCUUCUCAGCUGGACUCUUCAUUACUGAAUAAUAUACAGAAAUUAUUUUCUGAACGAAUUGAUUUGUCUGGAACCGUUGAGCCCAAUAAAGGAUCUGUCGUCAUGGCCAUUAUUAAAAUCUGCCUAAAGGGAUUCUUGGAAUGUGUUCGUCUAAAGACAUUUGGAAAGUAUGGCAUUCAGCAAAUUCAAGUAGAUUGCUACUACUUGCAACUUUUCUUGUGGCGAUUCACCUUCGAUGAGAAUUUGGUUCACAGUUUGCUGGACGAAAUUUUGUCGAGUGCAGUCCAACGCUGCUUGGAACCUGUAUUGAUGGAGCCGGGCGUUGUGGAGCUCAUCUGUGAACGCUAAAAGAGUAAUUUAACAAUUUCGUUUGUUUUCAAAUCUUAUAAAUAUAUUUCUGGUUUUCACCAAUUAUGUCUGAAUACACUGUGUAUUUCUAUCCUCAUCCUUCAAAUAAAAUUUUCUCUUUUCUA